GCCACUGUGAGGGGUUUGGCCACGGUCUCUCUGCCCUCUAUAAAGAAAAUGUCACUUCCCUCUGACUGUGUUCUCUGCAGCAGCACCUUCCCCACACCGGAGGAGUCUUCAGAGUAUCUGUCAGUCAUCUUUCUCCACAAAGGUGUUAGAACCAGCAGAUCCUGCUGGUAACACACGUAAAGAUGGCUGGCCUUUACUGGAUGGCUGUGGUGCUGGCCUUCUUCCUGUCUGCUGAAAACAGUUUGGCUGCUGUGGACCAGAACUGGCUCACAAGUACUAUAGAAGCCAUCAAGAAUGAGUAUGCACUAGGUGAAACCUUCAGUCUGGCUGUGAACGCCCCACAAGACCCAAAUAAUCUUCAGCAAGUGUUUCAGGAUGACCCAGCAGACAAAGUGAAACAAGCUGUUUCAGGGGGUCAAGUGUACAAAGGCACCAGAGUGGUGGCAUCAUCUGGGCCAGUGUCAACUGUGCUAGAGAACAUAGAACCCUUCAUUAAAAGCAGUCAGGGUAAUUUCCUUAUCAUCUACUCUGAAGAAUCCCCAUGUGGUACAACAUGUACAAAUGCAAAUGACGACGGUAUCGCAGCCAAGAUUAACGAUGUCACUCAGAACUGGGGUGGUUAUGCAUUUGUGUUUUCUAAAGUAGUUGAUGUUCCUGAUGCAGACGCGUCUCAACUGUCACAAUCCUUUAAACAACUUGGGAUCUCUAAACUUGGGCUUGAUAACAUAUUCCGUUGUUACAAACCUGGAGAUGAUCCUUUUCAGUGCACCAGCUGCUCCUCAGGUGGAGAUGUUACACCCUCAUGUGUUGCAAACAAUGCCGUGUCAAAUCAAGAACAGGGCGGCGGCGAGGAAAUAGCACCGACCCAAGCAAUACCAACAGACACAGGUGGAGGAACAGGUGGUGGCAGCAAAGGAAAGGGUAAAGGCGGACGAGUGAGCAAGUGCAAAGGACGUGGCAGUCGUAAAAGAGGCUGCAGACGUGGUAAAGGUGGCAGGGUUAAAAACAAUGCAAGCGUAGAGGAGGCUGCAAACGCAGAGGCGGCGGCAAGCGUAGAAAAGGCGGCAAGGUUAGGAAGUGGCGCAAACGUGGCAAGGGUAAAAAACGGGGUAAGUUUCGAAGAGGCCGUAAAGGUAAAAAAGGGCGCAAGGGUAAAAAAUGGCGUAAGUCUCGAAAAGGGCGCAGAGGCAAAGGUAAACGAAGGGGCAAGGCUAAAAGAAGAAGCAAGAAGAGAUGGGGACUAGAAUGAUACAGGUAUCUUAGUAAGAACCUGAGAAUCUAAGCAGCCGCCCAAUGUCUUGUGCUUAGCUAAAAUGCACUUGUUUCGAUUCUUUCUUUCCAUCUUUUAAUGGCUGCGUCAAUACACAUUUAGUUCAUGUUCCCUGAGCCAGUGUUCAACAGAUGCUUUACUAUGCCAAACCUCUUCUUCGUAUUGUCAGUAUUUAAUGUUAUCUCGAAAAUUUCCAAGAGUCUGAACUUCAAAUUUGUGUACAUAUUUAUAUGGACAAAUCUGCAAUAUCGGUUUAAAGAAAAAUUAAAUAAGACUAAGCAUUCAUGGCCAACUUUAAGAACUUGAUAGUUUUUGACACCUGAUGCUGCAGACAAUCAGGUCAGGUCAGGUUGGAAUUAAUCCAAAUUGUGAUGUUAUGAGAUUUGUUUAAUUUCUUUGUUUUGAAUCCUGAGUUCCCAGCCACAGGGAAUGUGACCUCACUGCCAUUUAGCUGAUGAGGAAACAUUCACUGUUUGUUUCCAGAAAUGUUCUUUAGUUCCAUUAUUAAAUGGAGGCAAAGCAAGAAAGGAGGGUUCAUGUAAAUUAUUCUUGGUAUAUUUGGAACUUAUGUACUCAGUACUUCUAAAGCAUAAAGCAUUUUUAUAUCAUCUGAUGUUUUGUUCUUUCUGAUUAAAGCUUCACUCAGCAUUCA